UUUAUAAAAAAAUUUACGGCAUCCAAGUGCAUACAAUGUAGCUUCUCUUUAGAUAAUUAAUGUAUCGACUCGAAUUUCAAUUUUAUAAAUAUUUUAAUUGGAGAUUAUCGAUCUAAAACAAAAGUUCAUUCAUAAAACUUUGGUCCAUUUGGACAUAUAUACUUACUCAUAUACACGCGCUGUGCUAAUGAAAUAAUUUUGUUCAAUGACUAUACAAUGAGCGUAAUAGUUUCAACAAUUGAAGAUUAAUAUGAUGAUUAUCUACCAAAAGAAAGUAAUUUCUCAAUUUCAUCUUGAAAAUAAUAAAUUUCCCUCCAGUCAAAUACAUAAAAUUGAUAUUUUUUUCAUUGUAUCGAUUUCACACGGUUGCUUAACAGCAAGAAAGAAAAGUUGGUAAGAAAGUCGGUGAUUCACAGAUUCUGGGAAGAUGAAGCAUUUAUUUUAUUUUAUUGUUUACUUUCUUUCAUUUAACGAUCGAUGAAGUUUUACGUUUGAAAGCAUUAUUAUUGUUAUUGUAAGGUUCUGAGAUUGUUUAUUGUAAUAAUUUUUGAUUAAUUAAUAAUAAUAAUGUAUGUAGGGCCCAGCCUUUCAGCUGGAGGCACUGCGAUUAAAAUUAGAACAGAAUUUAUUGUACCACACCCUUUAGACCUACAGUUUAUAGUGGGAUCCGAACCACUUGCAAGCUCUGCACAUUGCAAAGACACGAGUACGUCAUAAGACCUGAUGUACCCUGCAAUGUACCUAGUCACAAUUCGUGUGCGCAAGAUGCGGUAAGGAAGUCAUCCAGAUGCUAGUAUAUCCUUGUAUACCUAGCAAAGGAGGCAGAUUCUGUGCCAAACCUCAAAACUACACCCAACACACGAACCGAGCUUCGUAACCAGAACGGUGAAAUGGAAAAAGAGCUUCGAAAAUUAGACAUGGCCUGGGUUUGAUUAAUUAAAGUUCAAUAGAGAAAUCGAAGGACAAUUUAAGAUAUUUCAGUUCCAAUUUCCUUAUUAAACACAAAACCAGAGGAGAAUGACGGAUAAACUCAAUGAAAAUGUAGAAUAAGACAGAAACUAUCGAAAUCUAAACAUCAAGAAAUCAAAAUUCAGCCAAAACGACUUAGAAAACCAAUAAUCACUGUGAAAAGAAGCUAAACAAAACUUAGCAAAAGGUUCAUAAUCACAAUUUAAUCGGCACCGGUGUGAAGAAUACGAAACAGAGAAAGAAACAAAAAAAAGUUAUGAAAAGCACUAAAACACAUGCCCGAAAAAUAAUACCAUUAAAAGUUUAUUUCAUUUUAAAGUCAAACGGAACGAUGGAAGUUUGAGGUUUACAAAAAAAUAACAAAAUUUUUUUUUCGCUUUCAGUCACUCGGCAAGUUUCGAAGAGAUCAAUACCUUUUCGUUGACAGAUCAAUUGAUAAGUUCAAAUUAGUUUUUUUUUCUAUAGUGAAUUUUUAAAGAACUUUAACUUUAUUGACAAUUGUUAACAAUGUGAAUAAUUAUAAGAUUGAGAAAAAAAUUUAAUGUUCAAAAUUGAAACAAAUAAUUGUGCUUAAUUUUCCGUAUAAUGUCCUCAAAGACCUCUAAAUCUUGCAUAAGAAUUAUCAAACCUUGCAAAAAAUAUUAAAAGAUCAAGAGAUAAAAACUUGUUAGUCAACUUAAAAUAAAUGCAAAAAAAUCAUCAAGGAGAAUUUGCAUAAAUUAAGAUGAUGUCAUCAACACAAUAUCCAAUAACACCAACCAUUAUCAGCGUCAGUCAAAACGAAAAUUUGCAAAAUAAUGCUGAAGAAUUUCAACAGAAAUCACUGAACUCGUACAACAUCAGAUUAUUUGAUGAAACCACAUCAGUUGAUGAUAAACACAUGUGGUACGACAAUAAGAGCAACAAGCAUCAUGCGCAAAACAUUCAAAUAUGUGGCAGCAUCAGCGAUUGUUUUGAUGCGAGCAACAAAAAGAGUAAAAUGUUAAUAGCUUAUAACAACAACUUACAAAAUAAUGAUGAUCAACAACAUAUAUCAAGUGAUGGAGAGAAGCUGAAGAGAAGUUUAGUCUCUUUUCAGCCAUCAUCGGAAUCAGAUGAAAAUUUCUCGGAUGAAAGCCAACAUCGACAUAUUUUAAAGAUACAAAUUUCUCCAACGACAGCAGUAGUAAAAGCAAUAGCUGCGACAAGAAAUUCCUCGUCGAGUGAAAUUGUCGACAAUAGCAAAUUGAAUAAAUCAUCGUCAAUAAUUGUGAAUAGUAAUAGUAAUAAUAGUAAGAGUAAGAAAAUGUCGGUAGUGUCAGGCAAGAGAUGUGAAAACGAUUCGAUUUAUAGAAAUGUGACAAUAAUAAGAAAUAGUAACAAUGAUAACAAUGAGUUCGAUGAUGAUCAAUUUGAAAAGGAUGAAUACGAUAUUGAAAAUUUAAGUGAUGAUCAAAAAUUAGUUUUGAAUGGACAUCAUAUAACGGUAAAAUGUGGUAGUGGCAGUGCUAAAAUUAAUAAUAAGUUAAUUAGGAAUAAAACUGAAAUCAUUCAAUUGACGAAUGGACAUAGUGGAAGCGGAAAUAUUAUGAAUAUUGUAAAUAGUAAUAAUUCCAAUGGAAUCAUAUUGAGUAGUGGUCAAUGUUCACCAGAAGAAUGUAUCAGUGUAAAUGGUGAGGAUCAUUUAGAUAGUGGAACAUGUAGUGAUGUUGAAAUUAACGUUGGUUAUGGUUUAAUUACAAAAUCAAUGCCUUCAUCACCGCCACCACUUCCUCCAAAAGGUUUGAAAAAGAUUGCCAAAUUGAGUGAAAGUACAUUCAGUGAUGCAUCAAGUGCAUCCUCAUCGUCUGAUUCUAUGCAAUAUCAACAUCAACAAAUUGAUGAUCAACUCAAAUCACCGGAUCUAAUUCGUUCUAUUGAGAACAGCACUAAAUUAAAUCAAUCAAUAAAAAAUAAAGAAAAUGACAUGAUAAGUGUACUCUUACCGACAUCCUUACUACAUGACAUUCGAAAUCAUUCAAUGAAAGCAUUUUUACAAUCAAGUUUAAUUCAUGGUGAAGAUGAUGACGAUAGUGAGAAUGAUAUAGUGCUGCAAUAUGAUAGUGGUGAACUUAAUUAUAUUGAUAUUGACUUUUCAAAUGAAAAGAGUGAGGAAGUGAAAGAAGAAAUUGUCAUUAAAGAAGAUUUUGUUGAAAAAAGCGAAAAAAGUAUAAAAAAUAAUAAAACAAUUGUAGACUUUUUUGAGGAUGAUAAGUUUUACAAAUUCCAUUUGAAUGAAAAUACAGCAAGUGAGGAUGAUAAAACAGCAGCAACACAUGAAGAAAGUGAUGAAAGUUUUGCAGGAUAUAAAGAUUUAAGAAGUGGAACAUCUACAAUAAGAAGUGCAAAAGGAACAAUUCGUGGAGUAAAGAAUCGAGUCAGAAAUGGAAUUGCAACAUUCCUACAGAUGCAACAGUCAACAAUUAAGAACUUCAAGGAGAAAGACGGUGGAAAGAUUGUGCUGUAUACAACAAGUAUGGGAGUUGUAAGAACAACUUAUGCCAAAUGUCAAGCAAUGAAACAAAUUCUAAGAACAUUGAUGGUCAAAUUUGAGGAACGAGAUGUCUUUAUGUGCUUUAAUCAUCAAAAGGAAAUUCGAGAACGGAUGCAAUCAGAUGACAUUGAUGUUCCACAAUUAUUUGUUGAUGGACACUACAUUGGUAACGCUGAUCAAGUCGAAAGACUCAACGAAACUGGUGAGCUGAGAAUGAUGCUCAAGCCAUUCAAGUCCCGAGACUCAUUAGCAUUGUGCAAUAUGUGUGGAGGAUAUAAAAUGAUGCCAUGCACAUCAUGUGGCGGUUCCAAAAAAUCCAUACAUCGCAAUCAUUUCACAGCAGAAUUUGUUGCUCUCAAAUGUAUGAACUGCGAUGAAGUUGGCUUAGUCAAAUGCUAUAACUGUGCUUAAAAGUUGUUAUACAUUUCCAUAAAAGAAAUAACGUUUUCAUACUUUCUUGUCUGUAUUAAAUGUAGAGAAUGUUAUUAAAGUCAUAAACGUGUG